AUGGAGCUUGAUGACUGUGCGUUGCAGCUGUCCCAUAAUGGAACCUACUUGGACCUGGAGUCUUCUCUGUCUGAACAGAGGGACGAGCUGGAGGGAUUCCAGGAGGACAUACCAGGGACCAGAGGGAAGAAGCAUAGUGUUGUCUUACGUACCCAGCUGACUGUUCGAGUACAUGCUUGUAUCGAAAAACUCUACAACUCUAAUGGACGUGACUUGAGGAGGGCUCUCUUCUCUCUCAAGCAGAUUUUCCAGGAUGAUAAGGAUCUGGUCCAUGAGUUUGUGAUGGCAGAGGGUCUGACCUGUCUCAUCAAGGUUGGAGCAGAGGCCGACCAGAACUACCAGAAUUACAUCCUUAGAGCUCUGGGACAGAUCAUGCUGUAUGUGGAUGGGAUGAAUGGAGUCAUCUGUCACAUUGAGACCGUCCAGUGGCUCUACGCUCUCAUUGGCUCAAAGUUCCGCCUGGUGGUGAAGACUGCUCUGAAGUUGUUGCUGGUGUUUGUGGAAUACUCAGAGUCCAACGCCUCUCUGCUUAUAGAGGCCGUCACUACUGUAGACACCAAGAGAGGUUGUAAGCAGUGGUCUAAUGCCAUGGAGAUCUUAGAUGAGAAGGAUGGAGUGGACACAGAGCUGCUGGUCUACGGUAUGACCCUCAUCAACAAGACCCUGUCAGCGUUACCUGACCAGGACUCCUUCUAUGACAUGGUGGAUGGGUUGGAGGACCAGAGGAUGGAGGCUGUAGCUAAGAGGUUCCUGGGGAGGAGAGGAACUGACCUGGACCUGAUGGAGCAACUCAAUAUCUACGAGGCGACUCUACGUCAUGAGGAUGGCGACGAUGAAUCUAAUCCGCCCACAGGGCUCUCUGGCCUCAAGGACCGCCGCCGCGCCAGCUUCGGGGACAAGAGGAGGGGCCUGGAGAGGAGGCGGAGCCGCAGAGCAUCUCUCGGGCGGUCUGGGAACGCCUCCCCCUGCAGCCCGUCCACUCAACACCCCGGGUUCCAACCCUUCAAGGGACAAGGAGGAGAAGACAUGAGCAAGAGAACUGGAGUUCAAAGUCCUGUCACACCAGCAAAUAAGUCUUCUCUGGGUGGUCUCCUCUCCUCCUCCUACAGACAGCAUCAGGAGUCCCUGUCGGCCGAGAGAGAGAGACGUCGGGCAGAGAGAGAGGAAAGACUACAGAGGAUAGAGAGAGAGGAGAGGAACAAACACAGUCGAGACUAUGUGGACAAAAUGGAAGAGGCCAGGAUGGCACGGGAUGAGAGGUAUAAGCACGUGGAACGCUUGGCGGCAGAGGAGUUUGAGAGGGACCACGUGCCCAGGUCACGCCCCGACCUGAGUUUGACCUUUAACCCAGUGGAAGCCUGGGCCCCCACUUCGUCCCGCAGCACCACCCCCUCCUCCCUGGCUUCUCAGGAUGAGGAACAGGAUCAUGAACCAGAGGAACCAGACACAGAAACUGAUCUAGAACCAGAGGAGACUGAGACCCCUGUUACACCAUACACACCCUCGGUGACUGAACAACUGAAGCCAGAGGACUUCACUGCCUGUCUAGAAGAGAAGGAGGUAGAAGAGGAAAGAGAAGAGCAGGAAACAGAGGAAGUAAAGGAAGAAACAAAAGCAGGGAAAGAGGGAGAAGAAGAGGAGGUGCGAGAGGAGGAAGAGGUUUUAACAUCGCCGGAGAAGGAAGAGGAGAGGGAGGACGGCGAGGAGGACAGUGGGAUUCUGAGCGACAAGGAACGACAGAAUGAAGAAGUGAACGAGAAAGACAACUGCUCUGCCUCCAGUAUCUCCUCUGCCAGCAGUACCCUGGAAAGAGAGGAGAGGGGGAGCAAUGAGAACGGUCCGUGGACCCAGAGUGUUAAGGAGGUGGAUGUGAAUGAACAGUGCAGCAAAAUCCUCAACAGCAAACGUUUCAUGCUAGACAUGCUCUACUCCCAGAACAAGGAGCCCUGCGAGGAGGAGGAGGAGGAGGAGGAGGAGGAGGAGAGGGGGAAGGAAAAAGGAGUAGGUGGAAAGGCCAACCAGGAAGCCGUCCAACCGUCUGACGAGGGAGAGGAGAACACCCGGAAAACCGACUUCCCGGAAAAAAAGGACUCUCACUCGAACGUCAGAGUGUUCGCUGAACGUUUCGGGGAUCUAGUAAAAGGACUGGGCUCGCCUCCCACCCCCCUCAAUAGCCCCUCUCACGAGGCCGCCGUUGUAGAACAAGAGAAGCCCCCUCCACCUCCCCCUAAGAAGGAGUCAGAUACCAUCUGGGACCAACUCCUGGCCAGUCCUAGGGAGCUGCGCAUCGGAGACAUCGACUUCACAGACCUGAAAGAGGAAGACGACGAAGACAUUCUGGACGCCGGUCUGAUGGGGGGUUCAGACUCCCUGUGUCCCCCUCCUCCCCCACCCCCUAACCCUUACCCCCUGUUGGGUUGUCCACCACCACCCCCAAUGCCAGGGAUGAGAAGCAUGCCUCCUCCGCCCCCCUUCUGCUCCGCGGCCCCCACCCCUCCUUCAGAACCAGUCCAGAAGAGUAAGAAGACGAUCCGGUUGUUCUGGAGUGAGGUGCGUCCGUCAGACUACCAGUACAUUAGCAGCAGGAGCAGUGGAGACUCUCUGUGGUUCAAACUAGAGCCGGUCAAGAUAGACACGUCCAAACUAGAACACCUCUUCCAGACCAAGUCCAAGGAGAUACCUGUCACCAAGAAAACGGCAGCGGACGGUAAACGCCAGGAGAUCAUCGUUCUGGACUCCAAGAGGAGUAACGCCAUCAACAUCGGACUGACCGUCCUGCCUCCUCCUCGCACCAUCAAGACCGCCAUUCUCAACUUUGACGAGUACGCACUCAACAAGGAGGGCAUCGAGAAAAUCUUGACGAUGAUCCCCUCGGAGGAGGAGAAGCAGAAGAUACAGGAAGCUCAGCUGGCCAAUCCGGACGUCCCCCUGGGCUCAGCAGAACAGUUCCUCCUCACCCUGUCCUCCAUCAGCGAACUGUCAGCCAGACUACAGCUCUGGGCCUUCAAGAUGGACUACGAGGCUACAGAGAAGGAAGUGGCAGAGCCGCUGCAGGAUGUGAAGGAAGGGAUGGAGCAGCUGGAGAAGAACAAGACUCUGCGCUACAUCCUGUCUACGCUGCUUGCUAUAGGAAACUUCCUCAACGGCACCAAUGCCAAAGGCUUUGAGUUGAGUUACCUGGAGAAGGUUCCUGAGGUGAAGGACACGGUUCAUAAACAGUCUCUGCUACACCAUGCCUGUUCCAUCGUGGUGGACCACUACCCUCAGAGUACUGACCUUUACUCUGAGAUAGGAGCUAUCACACGCUCUGCCAAGGUGGACUUUGACCAGCUGCAGGACAACCUGACCAUGAUGGAACGUCGUUGCAAAGCAUCCUGGGACCAUCUGAAGGUGAUGGCCAAGCAUGAGAUGAAGCCCACGCUGAAACAGAAGAUGUCUGACUUCCUGAAGGACUGUGCUGAGAGAAUCAUUAUCCUGAAGAUAGUGCACCGUAGGAUUAUCAACAGGUUCCAUGCGUUCCUGCUGUACCUGGGCCACCCAGCCUACGGCGUGAGGGAGAUCAGUAUCCACCGGUUCAGUAAGAUCCUCAGUGAGUUUGCUCUGGAGUACCGGACCACACGCGACCGCGUCCUGCAACAGAAACAGAAACGAGCCGACCACCGCGAACGCAACAAGACCCGCGGGAAGAUGAUCAUGGACGUCAACGCACCCUCUGAUGAAGAAGAGGAAAUGGAGUCUGCAGGGCAGAAUGUUAGUGCCCCCGGUGGCGGGGUGGAGGGCUUGCAGCCUCAGGGUUUGGGCCAUGCUGAGGAUGCUGCAGAGCAUGAAUUCAUGAAGGCAGUACUGAAGACCAGCCUUCAGGGCGGCGACAGAGAGACAUCAGGGGUGCCGGGGCUACGCACACGUACCAGGUCACGGCCAGGCCGAGGGGGUCGUGUACAACAGGCACCGAUACCCCCCGCGGCGAUGGGGGUGGAGUCUCAGAGGUCAGGUGACGAUGAGGCUGAUGAGAUCAUGGAUCGCAUUGUGAGGUCAGCCACUCAGGGCCCCAGUCAGAGGGCAGUGCCCCGGGAAAGGAGGAGGUCAAGAGCCAACCGCAAAUCACUGAGACGGACACUGAAGAGCGGUCUGACGCCAGAGGAGGCCCUACUCCUCGGACUCUCCGACGCCGCCGAGAUGCCGGUGUGACAUCACCGCCCCCCGCCACGGCGAUUUGGAGCGCCAUGGAAACACACCCUGGAACACCUCCGUGACCCCCCCAUGUCACGCUUCUGCCUUCACUUCGACCCCACCCCCAGAACCCUCCGUCAGCCAAUCAGUAGCCUUGUUAGUAGCUUAUGUUGUACCGGUAGCGAAUCACGCGUUAGCUUCUUGUGUCUGUGGUUGAUAAUCUUUGUUGAGGUGUGUCUUCAGAAGCCCCUCAAGGAAAGGGUCAGGGAAUGAAGGAGAGAAAAGGGAGAUAAUCUUUUGUUAGAAAUGUAUUUUGUGGAAAAAAGUCUCAACACGAUGGAAGUUGGUUGAAUGAGAAUGAAUCUUAACGUUUGUCAUUUUCAACAGGCCUCUCGAUUAGAGACUGAUUCACCACGUUGAUAGGUUGAUUUUCAACAGGCCUCUCGAUUGGAGACUGAUUCAUCACGUUGAUAGGUUGAUUUUCAACAGGCCUCUCGAUUAGAGACUGAUUCACCACGUUGAUAGGUUGAUUUUCAACAGGCCUCUCGAUUAGAGACUGAUUCACCACGUUGAUAGGUUGAUUUUCAACAGGCCUCUCGAUUAGAGACUGAUUCACCACGUUGAUAGGUUGAUUUUCAACAGGCCUCUCGAUUGGAGACUGAUUCACCACGUUGAUAGGUUGAUUUUCAACAGGCCUCUCGAUUGGAGACUGAUUCACCACGUUGAUAGGUUGAUUUUUUGUAUUUAUAGAUUUUUUGUUUAUUUAACUGUUACAGCCUAUAAAUAUGAAACAAAGAAACAAAGAAAGGGAGAAUAGAUGUUUGCUUACUGCAAGCGACGUGUUACUCAAGUACCUACAGUAGACCUAUAACCUUUAAAAAAAAAAAUAAUUAAAGCUGUGAACUUCAGGGUUUAAUAACAGAAUAAAGUAUAGUCUCAUAGCAAAGAGUGGGGUCGUGACCUGUGACAAAGGCGUUGGAGCAGGCAUUCUAUUAGACGCAUUCUACUAGACGCAUUCUAUUAGACGCAUUCUACUAGACGCAUUCUAUUAGACGCAUUCUAUUAGACGCAUUCUAUUAGACGCAUUCUACUAGACGCAUUCUAUUAGACGCAUUCUAUUAGACGCAUUCUAUUAGACGCAUUCUAUUAGACGCAUUCUACUAGACGCAUUCUACUAGACGCAUUCUACUAGACGCAUUCUAUUAGACGCAUUCUAUUAGACGCAUUCUAUUAGACGCAUUCUACUAGAUGCAUUCUAUUAGACGCAUUCUAUUAGACGCAUUCUAUUAGACGCAUUCUAUUAGACGCAUUCUAUUAGACGCAUUCUACUAGGCGCAAUCUAUUAGACGCAUUCUAAUAGACGCAUUCUAUUAGACGCAUUCUAUUAGACGCAUUCUAAAUGUAAAUGUACUAAAAAUUCAAAAACAGAAAUACCUUAUUUACAUAAGUAUUCAGACCCUUUGUUAUGAGAUUUGAAAUUGAGUUCAGGUGCAUCCUGUUAACAUUGAUCAUCCUUGAGAUGUUUCUACAAUUUGAUUGGACAUGAUGUGGAAAGUCUGUCUAAUAAAGGUCCCACAGUUGACAGUACACUUCAGAGCAAAAACCAAGCCAUGAGGUUGAAGGAAUUGUCCGUAGAGCUCUGAGACAGAAUUGUGUCGAGGCACAGAUCUGGGGAAGGGUACCAAAACAUUUCUCCAGCAUUGAAGGUCCCCAAGAACACAGUGGCCUCCAUCAUUCUUAAAUGGAAGAAGUUUGGAACCACCAAUACUCUUCCUAGAGCUGGCCGCCCGGCCAAACUGAGCAAUUGGGGGAGAAGGGUCUUGGUCAGGGAGGUGACCAAGAACCUGAUGGUCACUCUGACAAAGCUCCAGAGCUCCUCUGUGGAGAUGGGAGAACCUUCCAGAAGGACAACCAUCUCUGCAGUACUCCACCAAUCAGGCCUUUAUGGUAGAGUGGCCAGACAGAAUCCACUCGUCAGUAAAAGGCACAUGACAGCCUGCUUGGAGUUUCUAAAAGGCACCUAAAGGACUCUCAGAUCAUGAGAAACAAGAUUCUCUGGUCUGAAAGCAAAGCGUCACGUCUGGAGGGAACCUGGCACCAUCCCUACGGUGAAGCAUGGUGGUGGCAGAAUCAUGCUGUGGGGAUGUUUUUCAGCGGCAGGGACUGGGAGACUAGUCAGGAUCGAGGGAAAGAUGAACGGAGCAAAGUACAGAGAGAUCAUUGAUGAAAACCUGCUACAGAUUGCUCAGGACCUCAGACUGGGGGCGAAGGUUCCCUUUCCGGCAGGACCACUGCCCUAAGCACACAGCCAAGACAACGUAGGAGUGGCUUCGGGACAAGUCUCUGAAUGUCCUUAAGCUGUGCAGUGACGCUCCCCAUUCAACCUGACAGGGCUUGAGAGGAUCUGCAGCGAAGAAUGGGAGAAACUCCCCAAAUACAGUUCUGCCAAGCUUGUAGCGUCAUACCCAAGAAGACUGUAAUCGCUGCCAAAGGUGUUUCAACAAAGUACUCAGUAAAGGGUUUUAACACUUACGUAAAUUAGAUAUUUUAGUUGUUGUUUUUUUUUAAUACAUUUUAAACAAUUUUGAAAAACCUGUUUUUGCUUUGACAUUAUGGGGUAUUGUGAUGUCAUUAUGGGGUAUUGUGAUGUCAUUAUGGGGUAUUGUGAUGUCAUUAUGGUUGUAUUGUGUGUAGAUUGAUGAGAAGAAAAAAAUAUAUAUUUUAGAAUAAGGUAACGUAACAAAAUGUGGAAAAAGUCAAGGGGUCUGAAUACUUUCCGAAUGCCCUGUAUGUGUCAGAUCUGACAUUUUUGUUUGUAUAUUUCUCCUUAGUUGCAGGCUGUGGGUUUGGUGUGUACCAUUUGUUUUACAGGUAGCCUACAGUACCUGCCUUUUUUUCUGAAAUCUUUCUCGUCCUCAUUCUGCCUCUGUUCAUACCUUUGCCUCAGAGUUUUACCCGUUCCAUUGACAGGAAAACUCCUGGCCAUAUUACAGUACGGACAGGACUAGCCACGUCACUCCCAUCUGAAGUAUCUAUGUCACUGUGUCACAUUAUUUCCUAUUAAGUUAUAGUUUAAGGUAGAGAAGUUAUAGUUUAAGAUAGAGAAGUUAUAGUUUAAGAUAGAGAAGUUAUAGUUUAAGAUAGAGAAGUUAUAGUUUAAGGUAGAGAAGUUAUAGUUUAAGAUAGAGAAGUAUAUUAAGUUAUAGUUUAAGGUAGAGACGUUAUAGUUUAAGGUAGAGAAGUUAUAGUUUAAGAUAGAGAAGUUAUAGUUUAAGGUAGAGAAGUUAUAGUUUAAGGUAGAGAAGUCUAUUAAGUUAUAGUUUAAGGUAGAGAAGUUAUAGUUUAAGAUAGAGAAGUUAUAGUUUAAGAUAGAGAAGUUAUAGUUUAAGGUAGAGAAGUUAUAGUUUAAGAUAGAGAAGUAUAUUAAGUUAUAGUUUAAGGUAGAGAAGUCUAUUAAGUUAUAGUUUAAGAUAGAGAAGUUAUAGUUUAAGGUAGAGAAGUUAUAGUUUAAGGUAGAGAAGUCUAUUAAGUUAUAGUUUAAGGUAGAGAAGUUAUAGUUUAAGAUAGAGAAGUUAUAGUUUAAGAUAGAGAAGUCUAUUAAGUUAUAGUUUAAGAUAGAGAAGUCUAUUAAGUUAUAGUUUAAGAUAGAGAAGUCUAUUAAGUUAUAGUUUAAGAUAGAGAAGUUAUAGUUUAAGGUAGAGAAGUCUAUUAAGUUAUAGUUUAAGGUAGAGAAGUCUAUUAAGUUAUAGUUUAAGAUAGAGAAGUCUAUUAAGUUAUAGUUUAAGAUAGAGAAGUUAUAGUUUAAGAUAGAGAAGUUAUAGUUUAAGGUAGAGAAGUCUAUUAAGUUAUAGUUUAAGAUAGAGAAGUUAUAGUUUAAGAUAGAGAAGUUAUAGUUUAAGAUAGAGAAGUUAUAGUUUAAGAUAGAGAAGUAUAUUAAGUUAUAGUUUAAGGUAGAGAAGUCUAUUAAGUUAUAGUUUAAGGUAGAGAAGUUAUAGUUUAAGAUAGAGAAGUUAUAGUUUAAGGUAGAGAAGUUAUAGUUUACGAUAGAGAAGUAUAUUAAGUUAUAGUUUAAGGUAGAGAAGUUAUAGUUUAAGGUAGAGAAGUAUAUUAAGUUAUAGUUUAAGAUAGAGAAGUUAUAGUUUACGAUAGAGAAGUAUAUUAAGUUAUAGUUUAAGAUAGAGAAGUUAUAGUUUAAGAUAGAGAAGUUAUAGUUUACGAUAGAGAAGUAUAUUAAGUUAUAGUUUAAGAUAGAGAAGUUAUAGUUUAAGGUAGAGAAGUUAUAGUUUAAGAUAGAGAAGUUAUAGUUUAAAAUAGAGAAGUUAUAGUUUAAGAUAGAGAAGUUAUAGUUUAAGGUAGAGAAGUUAUAGUUUAAGAUAGAGAAGUCUAUUAAGUUAUAGUUUAAAGUAGAGAAGUUAUAGUUUAAGGUAGAGAAGUUAUAGUUUAAAGUAGAGAAGUCGUCUCAUGAGGAUCUUCAUUGAUGUUGUACUUUUUUUUGUAUCUUCAUUUAAACAAAAUGGUUUUACUUCACUGUGUAAUGGUUUAAUUUAUGCAGAUUUUCACAACCCUUUACCACAACGACCAUAGUGUGAUUGACUGGCUAGAGAACCAACCCAACCCUGCUAUAAGUGUGCCUAGGUGUUACCCUCUGGGAUCUGGUCUUCAGGUCCCAGACACAGCUACAUGGUUCAUGGUUCAUCAACAGGACAACUACCAUAUAACUGUAUUUUAUCAUCAGUCCCUUCCAAGGAUUCAUCGUUCCUGUGUCACGUCCUGUAACUCAGUCUGUAACUCAGUCUGUUUCUGUAACUCAGUCUGUAACUCAGUCUGUAACUCAGUCUGUUUCUGUAACUCAGUCUGUAACUCAGUCUGUAUCUCAGUCUGUAUCUCAGUCUGUAUCUCAGUCUGUAUCUCAGUCUGUAUCUCAGUCUGUAUCUCAGUCUGUAUCUCAGUCUGUAACUCAGUCUGUAUCUCAGUCUGUAACUCAGUCUGUAUCUCAGUCUAUAACUCAGUCUGUAUCUCAGUCUGUAUCUCAGUCUGUAACUCAGUCUGUAACUCAGUCUGUAACUCAGUCUGUUUCUCAGUCUAUAACUCAGUCUGUAUCUCAGUCUGUAACUCAGUCUGUAACUCAGUCUGUAACUCAGUCUGUAACUCAGUCUGUCAUCUGUAUCUCAGUCUGUAACUCAGUCUGUAACUCAGUCUGUUUCUGUAACUCAGUCUGUAACUCAGUCUGUAUCUCAGUCUGUAUCUCAGUCUGUAUCUCAGUCUGUAACUCAGUCUGUAACUCAGUCUGUUACUCAGUCUGUAACUCAGUCUGUAACUCAGUCUGUAUCUCAGUCUGUAUCUCAGUCUGUAUCUCAGUCUGUAACUCAGUCUGUAUCUCAGUCUGUAUCUCAGUCUGUAACUCAGUCUAUAACUCAGUCUGUAACUCAGUCUGUUUCUCAGUCUGUUUCUCAGUCUGUUUCUCAGUCUGUUUCUCAGUCUGUAACUCAGUCUGUAACUCAGUCUGUAUCUCAGUCUGUAACUCAGUCUGUAACUCAGUCUGUAACUCAGUCUGUUUCUCAGUCUGUAACUCAGUCUGUAACUCAGUCUGUAUC